AUGCCCCCUUGUGGGUGUGCACUGUUUUAUGCUCAAAUCCUCCUUCUGAGUCAAGAGGUGACCAGUCCUGUGGAGCAUCUGCCACCAUUCCAUCUGAUCAAAUACCAUGGCCCUGCUCCAUCUCAAUUGGACACCAACACAACCAAUAUUGAACCUGAUGGGUAUGGAUCCUUCACUCUUUAUAAUUACCUUGUAUCUGAAGAUCUGGUAGCAUUCAUGCCACAAAUCACCUUACCCCAGCCACCAGCAAUGACUGCCACAAACAGACUUCAAGCAGCUGCUGCAAUGAUCCAGGUCACAGGGCAAGAAACAGAUGUCCUGGCGACCCACCAAAGAUUCAUCCAUCUACUCCAUAUCAUCAUGAUGAAUGUCAUCACUCAGAACAUUUUCAAGAACCCCAUCAUCAAGAGCAACUUCUAUCCACACUUUGAGCCAGAUGGCAGGAGUGCACCCAGGCAUCAGCCACCAUGUGGUACCCACAAGAAAAACAUCGAUGCAGUGUGCCUUGUGUGGUAUAGAGAAGACACUCAGGAAGUGUUGAAGUACACAUGCCAGGUGUUAGCUAACAAAAUGAUUUUGAAUGGUGAUGUAGCAAUGACAAAGGAUAUUGAAAUGCUGAUUCUGAAGGUGCUUGGUCUUGUAUGGUCCAAAGCCAUAGAAUUUGGCAAAACCUAUGUGAAAACUUCACUGUUGGAAAAACUCAAGGACCAGACUGAUAUUGCCAACUUCUUUAUGCAUGAGCAUGACAAUAAUGGCCUCAUCAUAAGAUGGUUUGGGAACUCUGUUUUUGAGAGAUUCCAUACAAACUUCUGGUAUAUGCAAUCAGUCUCCCAGUUAAAACAUUUGCCAGCAGCUACAAGACCAUGCCAACACACAUGUAUGCACUCUCUGCCAUGGCACACAAUCCAGUUCACUGGAUUGGACUACUGCCCUGUAUUCAAUGUGUACUAUGAGGGUUUUAUUGAAGCAUUGCAGAACACUGCCAUUGGGCCUGCUGUCACUGCCCACCUUGUGUGGUUGAAUACACAGGGAAUGAAAUUAAUCUCUUCAAACCAAACUGUCACAUCUCCAAAGAAGAUUCCACACAUAUUCAUACCCCAUGCAGAUGAGGUAGUGGUCUAUGAGGUUGUGUCAUCUCCAAUGCUGACAUAUGGGGCUCCAUCCCACUUGGGGGUGGCUCCCUUCCACCUGACAUCUACUGCAUUCACAUAUGGUCACAUCGAUCCAGAAGGUGAUCCUUGGGCUGGGGAAUAUCUGUGGGCUGUGUCAUAUCCAUGA